AUGGGUAUCAAAGAUCUUCUAAGAUUCAUGAAACCCUACGUUGAGCCCAUUCACAUCAAGAAAUAUGCAGGCAAACGUGUGGGUAUCGAUGCUUAUUCAUGGCUUCACAAAGGAGCAUAUUCAUGCAGUAUGGAGCUUUGUCUGAAUAUGGAAGGAGAUAAAAAAUUUCAGUACUUAAACUACUGUAUGCAUCGAAUCAAUGUGCUUCGUCAUCAUAACAUUAAUCCGGUGCUAGUUUUUGAUGGUGGUAACAUCCCCUGCAAGGCCCAGACGGAGCAAGACAGACAUAGUAAAAGGAAAUGCAACCUUGAUUUAGCAAUGGCAAAGCUCAAGGAGGGAAAUAUAAAUGCUGCAGCAGAGAUCUUUCAGAGGGCAGUGAGUAUUACACCAUCAAUGGCACACCAACUCAUUCAGAUUCUGAGAUCAGAGAAUAUUGAGUUUGUCGUAGCUCCAUAUGAGGCGGAUGCACAGUUAGCAUAUUUGUCGAGCCUUGAUGAAGACAAAGGUGGAAUUGCUGCAGUGAUAUCAGAGGACAGUGAUCUACUAGCCUAUGGUUGCUCCUCUGUUGUUUUCAAGAUGGACCGCUAUGGCAAUGGGGAAGAGAUAGUUAUAGAUAAAGUUUUUGAUUCUGUUGGACUUGUACCUUCCUUCCGACAUUUUGAUAAAGAAUUAUUCACAGGCAUGUGCGUGCUAGCUGGAUGUGAUUUCCUCUCAUCAGUGCCAGGAAUAGGGAUUGCAAAGGCUCAUGCUUUGGUUUCUAAGUAUCGGAACUUAGAUCGUGUUCUAUCCACUUUGAAGCAUGAAAAAGGAAAUCAAAUGCCCGAAGACUACUUCAAAUCCUUCCAUAAAGCAUUUGCUGUUUUUCAGCAUGCCCGAAUCUAUGAUGCAGAAUCAAAAAGGCUUAAACACUUGACACCUCUUCCGGAAACGCUUGUGCAUUAUUUAGGUGAAGAGAUUGAUUUCCUUGGACCUGAAAUGUCUUCCUCGCAAGCUACUGCAAUUGCCGAAGGUCAACUGGAUCCUUCUACCAUGAAGGGGUUUAAAGAAUUUCCUAGUUCCAACGGUCAAGUAAAACCUACUGCUUUUAUUAAACCAUCUAAUGCCAUCCAACCUUCUAGCCGGCUCUUGAAACAAGAAACAACCCCAACUAGCUGCUUUACCAUUGUGUCAAUACAGAAAACUGGAACUAAAAGAAUUACAGUGAUGGAGCAGGAGCCUGCUUUCGAGAAAACGAAGCAUAAAGCUGAUUUGGAAGAAUGGAGAAGCUUAAGUAACCCCUCCAAUCUUGAAAAGUUGAUAUCUCCAUUAAAGAACAAUAUUCUGAGUAAAGUCGGUGGAAUUCCUGCCAAAAGAUCAUCAAAGGUUCCUGACAAUAAUCCUUUUAAAAGAAGGAAAGAAACAGUUGCAGUGAAGGAUGAUUGUGUUAAUGAACAACUUUCAGAGGUAACUGAAGUUGAAGAAUUAGAACUAAUUUGUAUCAGUCCUGCAACACAAAGAAGCAUUGCUGAACAACAGUCAGUGGUGACUGAGAUUGAAGAUUUGGAGACAUUAGGCAUCACUCCCAGUUCACAGAAAAGCGUGGAAUCUAAACCUGUCAAGAAAAAGAAGGUGACAAGUAAAAAGAAAGUUGAAAGCAAGAAAAACAGCAUCUUGAAUUUUUUCUCUCGGGUAUAA